UUUUGAAAGAGUGGCGUCACGGAGGAAAAUAAUAUUUGUUCCUAUUUGUUUUUGACACAAAUAACAGUUCGUUUUACCUCACUUCUUUUGCCAGACACUUUUGUUCACACACUUUCAGUACUUGCACUGCAUUUGUAUUACCUCACCAAAUCUUAAACAUGCACCCUGCUCAACAGCUGAACUUCAAGAUCCAGCUGCUUUCCGGCAAGAAUGUUGUCCUGGUAGAUUGUUCGGGCUACGAAAGCGAGCUGUUCAUGCCGCAAAUCGUUAGGGGGCGCAUCACCUUCCAAAACAUCAUUCCGGAUCGAAGGUGUUGCCCCGAAAGCAGGAUGUUGUCGGACCCUUUGCAGGUUGAUUUGGGCACGAGGACCAGGACGAUGAGGAGCCCCCUGCGACGCACCUUUCCCGAAGUAAACCUUUCAACGCCCCUGGCCAAGAGCACCCCAUCGAGUACAUCUUCCUUGAGAUCUAAGGCUGGCAAGGAGAACGAACUUCCGCAGCUAACGCCAGAAGGACCGCGCACUCGACCUUUUGAGCUAACUUCACUGGUUGAAGUGGAAAUGGAUAUUGACCCCGUGAACGUAACGCCCUGCCAGGAGCAGGCCUACACGACCCUGCGCCUGCCAUCCCCCGAACUCCAGCUGCCAGCCGUUUACCAAAAUGAAAGUCUUUCUGUGCCACGGAUUUCUCCCCAAAAUCUUUCAAGCUUUAAACAGGGCACAGUUUUAACGAAGGAACCCGUGAUCCAUAACUCUACGCCCAAGUUGCCUCCCAGACGGACCUACACUCGUAAAAAGCCUGGCAACCCCUGCAAAACGAAGCCAGCACCCGCCUGGUCACCUCUUAAAAAGAACAAAAAAAACCCGACGGUAUCCUCUACCAAGGUUCCCAAUCCCACCAUGAAGCUGGAAGUGCGCAACCGCAAAUUGAUCGUGGACCCUAAGACGACCCUGGCCGCCUAUGAUCCCAACCAAAAGGAAUCUGUAACCAUCACAAAGAAGAAGAUCAUACGGAAACAGGUGACGGGCAAGACACGAAAGCAAUUCGAGGCCCUUAAAGUCACAGCUUUUGACCUACUGACCAAUUCGUCUGUGGGGCACAUGUCUCGGCAUCUCAACAAACACUUUCAGAAGUCCUGUGUGAACAAGAUGUCUACCACAUUGCCCAGCUACGCAGAGAUCGCAGUCGCCGCGCCGCUUGUAAUGGAUCGACAGGUGAAGGCACUGGUGGCCGCGCAGAAGAGGAUGGAGCGGAUAACCCAGAGACCGAAAGGCUUUAUGACGCGAAAGAGCAAGCAAAUCUAGAGUGUUCCGACGACGUAUUCUAUAAUGAUCUGGUUGUAAUUGUCCUGCCUUUACGACAGUAUUCCAAAUGCAUUGUAUGUCCUUGCCAUUCAGAAUAAAAACAGAAGACUUAAAAUGGUUUUCUUCGAUCUCCAUUAA